AUGAGUUCGAAUUUGAAGGUUUCGUUAAUCCCUUGGGAUGCUGAAUCAGUAACACAUCGACGGUGGCUCUAUAACCAGAGAAUACAGUGCAAUUGGGACCAUGAAAAGGUCGAGGAGGAAUGGAGACAGCAACAAAUUAGAGGUGAGAAAUGCAUGUACUGGAUUGUCCGUCAGUCAGACUUGGGAAUUGAAAAACCUCCCAAUGUGAAUGAAGAAGUGCUUCACGAUACUGCAGAAUCAGUCAACGGGAAGACACGCCGUGCAUUACAGGUAGCCUUUGUCCCAAUUGGCCAUAUCUCAUUAGAUCCCAAGAACAAAGAUGCGGAAAGACUUGGUAUUGACAUGCCUUCUGAACGAGUGUUCUGGAUUAAAAGCUUUUUCAUCUUGCAGUCACUUCAAGGUGGGGGAAUUGGACGUGCAGCUAUGGACGCAGUCGAAGAUAUGGCGGCUCGGGAGCCACUCUGCGCCCAGACUCUUAUGCUUGACACGGUUACGAAAGAACACCAAAUCAGAGAAGACUUUGCAAUGUCUACAUACGGGAGCAUUCCAAAGAUCACAAAUGAAUCCUGGUAUGGUCGCCGGGGAUACACGCCUAUCAAGACUGUGCCGAACUACUAUGACGUGUGGGAUGGUAAUGGAAACAGGUGGGAUAUAGAAAUUGUUUUUAUGAGAAAGGAUAUUCAAUGA